UCAGGAGGACCCAGUUUCAGUUUCUUGUCUCUGUGAGUCACAGCUGCUGAGGAUGGACGCUCGGAUCUUCACCCUGCAUGUCCUGACGCUCUGCUGCCUCAUUCACGGCUCCCUGCAGGGAGUGUACCAGCGGCGUCUCUACAAGGAGCUGAUGAGGAACUACAACCCGUUAGAGCGACCAGUCAACAACGACUCCAACAGUCUGACCGUCCACUUCAGCUUCAGCCUGCUGCAGAUCAUGGACGUGGAUGAGAAGAACCAGGUGCUGACCACCAACAUCUGGCUGCAGCUGUAUUGGACAGAUUUCUACCUGCAGUGGAACAUUUCCGACUAUCCAGGUGUGACCAACGUCAGAUUCCCCGACAGCCAGAUCUGGAGGCCCGACAUCCUGCUGUACAACAGGAUUAAUACCUCACUGUUAACACACACAUCAGAGCUGCUGGCUGGGGGAGGCUCUCUGCUGGAUGCUUACAAGCGUCUCAGCUCAUUAACCGAGCAGCGUUCAGGAGUAAAGUUUGAUCCUGGUGGGAGGAAGGAGGAGAGGCGGGGAUUUACUUUGUAUUCCUUUAUCUCCUCCUCACAGCUUGUUUUCUAUUUUUCUUUUAUAGGAAUAUUUAAGAGCACCUGUUACAUCGACGUUCGCUGGUUUCCGUUCGAUGUGCAGCGCUGCGACCUGAAGUUCGGCUCGUGGACGUACGGCGGCUGGUCUCUGGACCUGCAGAUGAUCGAGGCCGACAUCACCGGAUACAUCGCCAACGGAGAAUGGGACCUCGUGGAGGUUCCUGGACGGAGGAACGAGCGCUUCUAUGACUGCUGUAAGGAACCGUACCCCGAUGUCACCUUCACUGUAGUGAUGAGGAGGAGGACGCUCUACUAUGGACUCAAUCUCCUCAUUCCCUGCGUCCUCAUCUCCACCCUCGCUCUCCUCGUCUUUCUGCUGCCUGCCGACUCCGGAGAGAAGAUCUCCCUGGGUAUCACAGUGUUGCUCUCUCUAACUGUCUUCAUGCUGCUCGUAGCUGAAAUUAUGCCAGCGACAUCUGACUCUGUUCCUCUCAUCGCUCAGUACUUUGCAACCACCAUGGUGAUCGUGGGUCUGUCGGUCAUCGCUACAGUUCUGGUUCUGCAGUAUCAUCACCACGACCCCGACGGAGGACACAUGCCACGAUGGAGAGCAGAAGGGAGAACCAUUAUAAGGGGCAUGGCCUGGAGUGUGACCGCUUAG